AUGGAUCAAUCUAAUUCUGAUCAAACCAACGAAGUAGCCCGAACAUGUCUGGUUUGUACUAUCACAGAAAAUGUUCGAUUCCACUUCGGUUCGACUACGUGCUUGGCUUGUGCUUCAUUUUUCCGCAGGACUGUUUCUCUGAAAAUUCAAUAUGUGUGUAAACAGUCAAAUAAUUGCAUUGUUUCGCAUGCUGUAAGAAGUGGAUGCCGGUCGUGCCGUUUUCAGAAUUGUCUGAAAUCUGGAAUGAAAACUAAUAUGGUUCGAGGGAAACGAGACAUCAAUAAAGUUCCCAAGUACAUCCGAGAGUCGAUGCAACAAGGAGAUAACAUGACUGUUCGAAACUACACAACAUCCACAUUGGAAACUCUUCAUGGCUUUCCAAAACAAGAAGAGUUAGAGCUACCGGUUGUCAAGGAAGAUGCUCCGAACCUGUUGAUAGUUUCGCCCGAUCAACUUUUAGAUUACUAUUUAGACCUGAAUGAAAAAGAGCCGCUCCCAUUGAGCAAGAUCCAUCUCAACACGCUUGGUCAACUAAAUCAACAAAACCACGUGGAAUCAGAAUUUAUUUGUAAAAACUGCCCAGGAACUGAUUUAAUAAGUACAGAAGAUAAAAUGAUAUUAAUUCAAUACGUGAAAUUUGCAAAUCUUUGGCUGGACGCCUUAUGGGAUGAACUUCAUGCGAAAGACAAACAAGACAAACAGAAUUUAGUCCACUGUGGAGAAUUUGCUGACUACGACAGACUCUUCUCUACAUUCAUUUCAAACCUUUACGAAAGCGUUGGUCAGUUUCUGUGUAAUCUAAAUCUUGACAUUGUUGAAUAUUCCGCCCUCAAAUCGUUUGUCAUCUGGAAACUUGGAGUUGUAGAUUUUAGUAUAACCCUGAAAAUUGUUGCCCAAGAGCACUAUCUUGGAGUUUCCGCUGCAUUAAUCGAAUAUUAUAAAACUGAAAAAAAUAUGGAAGAGAUGGAAAUUGCAGUUAGAUUUGCUGAUUUGACACUUUUACUCGGACCAAUUUUUAACAGCUACAAGGAAAUGGUGAACCUUUACGAAGAGAUUCGAACAUUUGUUUGAAAACUCCCAAUAGUUCGAUAAAACAUUUCAAUUUUUGUACAGAAUAAGUCGUAAAAA